CACACAUUCUGGUCCCAGUCAUCAUGAGCGCCGUGGCGACGUGGGAGAAAAUCCUUCCGCAGCAAGGGAACGACUGGACUCUGGCGGAGGAUGCAGCACUGGCGAGCCAGCUCAAGCUUUUCUCGCAGCAACUUUUUGCCAAGACGAAGGAGCUCGAGAACUCGAUAUGGGAGCUCGGACUCGCUGCUGAAAAAUCCGACGUUCGCUUAAACAACACGAUCAACCAUUUCCUCAUGCUGAGUGACAGCCAAUUCAUUGAAAAUCGCGUGUACGAAGAGGACGAAGACGAGAUUGUCAAGGACGAGAUGAAGACCACCACCGAGCCGUCGUCCACAGCGACGACUGCGCCGGGUGAGGCCACAACGACAGAAUCGAAAGACGUUGCCACCGAAGAUGCGAAGAAGAAGGAGAUCCAAGUGGUCGAUCAAUACAGGACGGCGUUGACCCUCGGCAUGGAAGCACUCAAGCUAUUUGCUGUCGGUGACGAAGAAGAUGUGCUCGACAUCUACAACGAGAGACCUUUGCCGUUUGUAAUCGGUACGAAGGAGUUCCUGGAAGAUGAGUACUUGGGUCUGGGGGCGGCCCCCGAUUCCGACGAUGAAAAUGACGAGGACGAGUCGGGUGAGGACUAUUCAUCGGAGGAGGAGGAAUCCGAAGAGGAAGAGUCGGAGGAAGAUGAAGAAGAAGGAUCAGAGGAAGAAGAGUCGGACGAAGAAAGCAUUGAGCCCGUCCAAGCAAAACGACCGCCGAUGCCCCCAAUGCCUCCUCCGCGACCGAGCGAGGAAUGGGAAAACGAGUCGACAGAUGAUCUGUUUGGUCAGCGCACACCGAAACCAAGGGCCCAAGCCAGUGCCGCCCCAAGUCGCAGAGGUCUCUUCGGCAUGGACGACGACGAUGAUGAUGACAGCGACGACAGCCAUCCCGGUCCCUCCACGUCCAAGGCAAAGAGCAACUCCUUGUUUGCCCCCGAAGACUUGGGACGUGACUUGUUUGAUGGAAAGCCAUCCGCGGCUGCGCCAGCCCCCCCUCCUAAACUUGACUUGUUUGGGGAACUCAGAGCUCGGGCUGGUAAGACUCGCGUAGCGUCAGAUGACGACGAUUCAGACGAGGGACUAUUUGGUUCGUCAUCGAAACCUCCUGCCAGACAACCCAGUGCCGCCGCGACACCCGCUGGGCUGUCGCUGUUUGGAGAGAGCGACAGCGAUGCUGAAUCGUCGUCAAGUGGGCUCUUUGGAAGGCAAACAUCAACCGCAAUGGAUUUGAAGCGGCCUCCGCCUGGCGCGGUACCGCUUCCCCAGCAACUCACGCGCGCCGACAGUAACGACUCGAGCCUGUUUGGAACCACAACACGCCCUCGUGCUGAAGCAAAACAACCAGCAAACGCGAAGUCAUCGAAACUUCUCUUUGACAGUGACGACGACAGUGAUGAUGGCGGUGGAUUGUUUGGUGUUGCGUCAAAAGCUCCUGUCCCACCUGCUGCCUCCAUUGCAGCAGCGCAACCAAAGGCAACUCCUCCAGUUCCUGCAAAAACAGCCAGUGCCAAGGCCACAUCACCGUCCUCCUUCUUUAACGACGGCAGUGACGAUGACAGCGAUGACGGUUUGCUGUUUGGGUCAAAGCCUACCCCGCCUCCAGAGAAAUUGCAACCACCGAUUCAAUCUCAACCCCAAAUGCCACCCAUUCAACGGCCUCUACCUACCGCGGUACCACCGAAAGCGUCCACUCUUUUUGGCGGGGACAGCGACGGUGACAGUGACGAUGAUGGGGGGUUAUUUGGUCGUCCAGCUCCGCCGGCGGCUCCAGCCUCUAAGCCUGCCUCGGUCACAGUGACUGAAACAGUGACGACCACUGCAACGAUCGCACCAGCUCAACCUCCCCAAACUCGCUUACACAGCUUGUUUCAAAGCCAAGACUACACGAACGAGUCGAGUGCCAACCUAUUCAGCACGCCCAAGUCGCCUCGAAGCGCAGCUGUGCAGCGAAACGCGAGCAGUUCCGCGGCACCAGCAAAAUCUCCUGCAACCAACCUUUUCGGUGGAGACGAAAGUGACAACGAAUCGAAUGCUGGAGAUCUCUUCGGUGCCCCACCGCCAAAACCCACUGCGACUGCCAAACCGCCACCUGCUGCAGGUCAGCUCCCCACCGCUCGCACACCGGUGCCAGAUCCCGUUGCAGUGAUUGCGCCAACUGAUGCCUCCACUAUUUCAAAACCGGCGGCAAAAGUCGACAGCGAUGACGACUGGAGUGACGACGACGGUGGUCUAUUCGGUCGUGCUUCAGUCGGCAUGUCCACCAAACCCCCUCUUGCAGCGGCAAAUCCGACGCCAAAUACUGCAAGCAAUGUGUUUGGUAGCGCCACUCAAUCAUCCAGCACCAGCUCGCUGUUUGGCGGUGCACCUCAACCAACGAGUUCGGCAUCGUUAUUUGGCAAUGCAGCAGCCACGCAUCAACCUGCGGCGACUCUAUCGAGCGCGUCCGCAGCAGCGAGCUCCAGCUCUUCAUUAUUCGGAGAUCCUCGAGUCGUCAGUGCUGCCUCAAACGUCGCAUCUACUGCUACUUUAAGUGACGCCAAGUCAUGGGCAACUUCGUCGAGCUCGUUGUUUGGUGACCAAUCGUCAGCCACGACCGCAGGGGCCGUGCUUCGAGCCGCGCCACCAGCAGCGAUACUCGGUACUGUCGCAACAGUGGCGUCGUCUUCGGCAGAUUUAUUUGGCAGCGACGCUGUGGCUUCCAGCAGUCUGUUUGGACAUUCGUCUACCUCCACCACAGCCCUCCCAACUUCUUCCUCGUCAACAAUAUUGAUUGGCGACGCACCUAAGCCUGUUGCACCAGCAGCGACGAGAGCGCCGCCUCCACCCACCGCGUCCCGGCUGUUCGAAGCGCAAGACUCCGACUCGGAUGGAUGGUCGGACGAUGAUGCAUCGCUUUUCGGCCCGCCUAAACGCAAAUAAUUCAAACAACUCGAAUUAGUGUUCCAA